UGGGAGAGGUGUGUGAUGUGAAUGGAAAGGAAUCAAACAAAAAAAAUAAGGUGGGCCUCUCCUCACACCGCUCAUACUAUUGAGACAAAAGAAGACACUCACCUCCUUCCUUCUUCAUCAUUUGGCCAUACUCUCAAGAGAAGAAGGAAAUCCCAGAAAAUAGCACCCUCCAGGGAAAGAUUCUUACGAGGAAAAACUAGGUGGAUUAAGAAACUCGCCAAGGGUAUUUUUAGAGCUUCGCCGGAGUUUCGCCGGAAUUGGUCAAAGUACGCCGGAGUUAGUCAAAGUUCGCCGAAGUUCGUCAAAGUUCAAUCGGGGAGCGUAGAACGCGCUUAAGCUCACUUAAGUCCAACUAUAGGUAUAUAUUAUGCGGCCCAAUUUUAGAUUGAAAUCAAAGAAUCGGCAAUCUUCAUGUGUCUUCUUCUUCUUCUUCAACUAUACGCCCGAAAAGCGGAGUUACGGUGACAUACCUUUCUGAAGACUGACGAGUGGAACGGCGGCGGUAGUGGAAUCUUUCUAAGACGGAAAAUGUCAGCAGUGGACUGGCGGCAGCUCCUCCUUCUUCCCCGUUUUCCGUCUUUAAGGUUAGCCCGGCGAAACUCCGGCGAGCUAUUCCUCCUUACUCCGACGUUCAUUUUCCACGAUUCUUUCACUGUUGGAUUCCUCUCUCGAAGGGGAAGGUCUCAGAAGUGUUUUCAAGGCUCGGUUCUGGCUAAAACGAAGGGUCGAAAAUUCGC